AUGGACGAGCAGACUCGAAAUGAGUUGCUCUCCCAGGCAAAAACAAGUGAUAUCACAGUCGAAAUUGCUCAAGCCUUAGAAUGCAUGGAGAAGCUGAUUGGGAACCAAAGGGUGCAUCCACAAGUGAAAGAGAUAUUGCCCCGUACACAGCUGGCCAACGGUGACCAAGAGAUUCACUCCUCGAAAUUGUCAAAUGACUCCUACUGUCCUGAACUUUCGUCAGUAUCCGAUCAAGCACGAUUCGAAAGUUUCGCCAUAACUAUGCCAAAGAGUCUGUUAUAG